CGUCAGAUUAAAUUCAAACUUGGAACUGAACGUUCAAAGCGCUAACAAGCGAACUAACUCUACGUGAUUUUGCUGUGUGAUAUCAACCUUUAAAAUUCAAGAUGUCUCUUAUUCCGUACUUCUUCGAAGAGUUUCGUCCACGCCGCCUGAUGGACCAGCAUUUCGGCUUGGCGUUGACACCUGACGACUUGCUAACAGCUGUUGCUGCUGGUCCGCUCUUCAACCGAGACUACUACCGUCCUUGGCGUCAUCUCCAGGCGGCUGCCAGAGACCUGGGUUCUAGCAUCAAGGCGGACGCUGAUAAAUUCCAGAUCAACCUCGACGUCCAGCACUUCGCACCAGAAGACAUCAGCGUAAAAACCGUCGACGGAUACAUCGUAGUUGAAGGUAAACACGAGGAGAAGCAAGACCAACAUGGCUACAUUUCCCGCCAAUUUGUUAGAAGAUACGCAUUGCCGGAAGGUACUUUACCUGAGACUGUCGAGUCUAAGCUUUCUUCCGACGGAGUUUUGACGAUCACCGCACCGAGGAAAGUUCCAGAAGCUAUUAAAGGAGAAAGAAAAGUUAGCAUUGCGCAGACAGGACCAGUUCGGAAGGAAAUUAAAGAUCAGAACGAGGGUACCAACGAGAAAGCUGCGAAGUAAAUGCUUCGAUUAAUUAGUGUCGUGCAGUUAAUUUGUGUUUUAGGUUAAGGGUAAUCCAUUAUCCAAAGACUUUGGCAGUGCCAUUUUGAGACUGAUCCUUUUUACUUUUGUGAUAUUGUAACUUCUCAAGUUUAGGUUUGUGUUCAGAAAUACAGAGUAUUACGUACCAUAGACUUGAAAGUUAAGUUUAAUAAAUUUUAUCUCACGUAUAAA